AUGGACUCACUUCGCGAUGAUACACGAAAGGAUGAUGGCGUUGUGGAUAAAAUCUACGUGCAGCACAACGAGGAGGCGUCGCGGGAGGCGGACCGCCAGAUGAGCCCGUGGCAAUGUCUUCGCCAAAACCCCAAGAUUGUCCUCUGGACUCUUUAUGCCAACAGCAAGUUGACCAUCUAG